AUGCAGACCUGGAAGGAGUCUUUCGAAGACAAGCAUAUGCUCAAGCAGUUCAUGGCCAUGCAUGAGUUGGCUGGUGGGCCAAAGGGACUCGAUGACAACGCGCCCGAAGCAGAGCUGCGUAACAUCGUGGAAAUGCCCAAGAACGGUAUCGAAGUAGACAUUACUAACCUGUUCUACGGGAUCCACAUGGAAAUGAAGGAUGACGGCGUCACGAACCGGGUGGUCAAGUUUAUCGCCAAGUGCGACAAGCGCAUAGAUGUCCGUAUGAUGAAGGCCCACUUUGACUGUCCAGACAUGCGAACGAACAUAUUCAUCCUACAAAUUGAUCACAUGAGCCCUGAAGUUGUCCGCGACGUAUGUGAGCUGGAAUUGGAUUUAGCGUGGCAUACGACCGAGUUCGAUUGGGCUGCAAUCAGAAAACCCAUCAUGCUCCACGAGGAAGUACAGUGUUUCUACUCCACCUACGGUGCGGGGCGGAAGAAGAAAAGGCCAUGCCAAGGCGAAGAACACGCGCAAGGACAAUCACUCGCGACAUAG